AUGAGUGCGGCCCCGGGCACCUCCCGCGCCCCCCAGCCGCUGCUCCGCUUCCCCGACGGGGCGGGCGGACCGGGCGGCGGGCGGGGGGCGGCGGCGGCGGCGGGGGGGGAGAACCGGUCCCCGGGACCCCCGGGGGGGCCACGGAAGCGGCGGCGAACCACGUUCAGCCGGGGGCAGCUGUCGGAGCUGGAGCGGGCCUUCGCCGCCGUGCCCUACCCGGACAUCGCCACCCGGGAGCGCCUGGCCGAGCUCACGCAGCUGCCCGAGGCCAAGAUCCAGGUCUGGUUCCAGAACCGCCGUGCCCGCAGGAUCCGCAGCGCCAAACCGGAGCCGUCGCCGCCACCCGGGGAGCGGGGGCUGCCCGUGGUGCCCCCCGACGGCACCGUCCCCGUCCCCGUCCCGCCAGCACCCCACAGCCCCGCUCGGGGCCUCCCCACCUCGCUGGGCUCCAUCUCCGACCUCAUCUACAGCGCGGCCAUCGCCAACCUGGGCGAGCCGUAG